CUUUUGUUUUGAUCUGGUGAUGUGACGUCAUAGAGCCGCGCCGCUCUCCUGCGUCUGUUUCAGCCGAAGAAAGGACACAUUCAGACUCGCGUCAACCAAGAUCCAAGUGACACACUAUUAUAAAAAUGGCGUUUAUUAAAGAGGAGAGUGAAGACAUGAGGAUUGAAGAAACAUUCAGAGUCAAACAUGAAGAUACUGAGGAACAAACAGACCUGAUGCUGCUGAAAGAGGAAAGUGAAGAACUAAAUGAAACUGAAGACAAAGAUCAGUAUGGGAAACAUGACUUAACUGGAGAAAAUUUGAUUAGUUGCUCACAAUCUAAACAGACUACACAAAAGAGAGCUCAAAACACAGAAGCUAGAAGUAAUUUCACCUGCCAACAGUGUGGAACGAGUUUCACUAAAAAAGAAAGCCUUGCAAUCCAUUUAAGAAUUCACACUGGAGUGAAACCUUACAUAUGCCAUCUAUGUGGACUAGGUUUUACUCAAAAAGGAACCCUUAACAGGCACAUGAGAAUUCACACCGGAGAGAAGCCUUACACCUGCAAACUGUGUGGAAACAGUUUUAUUCGAAAAGGAGACCUUGAAAACCACAUAAGAAUUCAUACUGGAGAAAAGCCUUACACCUGCCAAGUGUGUGGAAAGAGUUUCUGUCAACAGAGAAACCUCAAAGUCCACAUGAGUGUUCACACUGGAGAGAGAUAUUUCAACUGCCAACACUGUGCAAAAAGUUUCACAAAAAAUGAAACCCUUAAAAGGCACAGUAGAAUUCACACUGGAGAGAAACCUUACACCUGCCUUCAGUGUGGACUAAGUUUCUCUCAAAAAGGAUCCCUUAACAGGCACAUUAGAAUUCACACCGGAGUGAAGCCUUACACUUGUCAACUGUGUGGAAAUCGUUUCAAUCAAAAAGGAGACCUUACAAACCACAUGAGAAUUCACACUGGAGAGAAGCCUUACACCUGCCAACAAUGUGGAAAAAGUUUCUAUAAAAAAGGAACUCUUGAAAGGCACAAUAGAAUUCACACCGGAGUGAAGCCUUUCACUUGCCAACUGUGUGGAAAUGGUUUCAAUCAAAAAGGAGACCUUACAAACCACAUGAGAAUUCACACUGGAGAGAAGCCUUACACCUGCCAACAGUGUGGAAAAAGUUUCUACAAAAAAGGAGCCCUUAAAAGGCACAAUAGAAUUCACACUGAAGGGAAACCUUAUAUCUGCCCUCAAUGUGGACUAAGUUUCACUCAAAAUGGAACCCUUAACAGGCACAUUAGAAUUCACACAGCAGGGAAGCCUUAGGCCUUAUAUUAUACUUUCAGCGAAUUUGAAGAGAGACUUUGUAAAGAAGUUUUUCGUUACCCACACCUACACAAUCCUUCUUUGAAACAAUAUAACGACAGCCAAAUGUGCAAUAAUUUCUGGAGGGAAAUUGUUCAGAGUUUGGGCAAAGAAAAAAAGUGUUACGCCACAAGUGGAAUAUUUGAGAUACUGUUUUGUGAAAGCAAAGAAGAAGCUGAAGAGAAGGAGGGGUGCACCAGGCAGUAAAGUUUCUGUUCCCCCCAUCGUUUUCCACACACACACCAUGAACACACACCCGGAACGCUGCAGCAAAAACUUAUGUUUACUGCUCACUGCUGUGUGUGUGCACUUGGAUAGGUGAAAUGUACAAAUUCACAGUCAACACUGUGUCAACACUGAACAUUUGCAGUAGUAUCUGCUAUGACUUCACAUAGCUGAUUAACUGAUAUUAAUAUAUUGCGGCCAGAAGAAGGUGACACAUUCAUGCUAAACCAUUUCCCCAAGGUCGUUCACUACAUAACCACAACCAGAAACUUCGCCGCCCGAAGCAGCUGGACUUUCAUCAUCCACAAGUGAGGUUUUUCCCCUGUCCACAUCUCUGAAAAGAAAAAGACAUGCACCUACCACACCCAUUGAACAUCCUAUUCUCUAGCGCAGAGGUCCCCAACCACUACCGGGCCGUGGAAGAAUCGGAUCAUGAGAUUGUUCUGGGGAAAAUUUGUAUAGAUAGGAUGCUCUCUGUUAUUUAUUGUGGGUAAAUGAUUGUUUUAAUUAUUCUGUACUUUCAUUGUAUGCGACUGAUAUGGAGUAGCAAUUUGACUUAAUGUUAAAUUAGUAAUUAAAAGAUUGCUCUGAUCUGUCAUGUAGCCUAUUAGGGCUUAUAUGUACGGACCAUAUCCAGACCCCACCGUUCAGCAUGUGAUUCGCAAAUUAAUAUGCCAAUUUACAUGUUCAAGCUAUUUAAAACCACAAGAAGAAGCAACGAAACAGAGCUCAAUACGUUACUUACGCGCUGUUCUUGCACACACCCGAAGCGCGCAUAGAUAUGCGGCAUACCGAGUUGAUUCCUCUUUCACGUCUCCCUGAGUUGAAGAUACAUAGCUACACUUGGGGGUUACAUGGCAAUAGUGUGAGCCAAUGGAUAUCACACAAGCAACGUGCAAACUUUGUGCAAUACUUAUGCAAUAGUUGUGCAAUUCACUAUACAGAUAGUGGAAGUAAAAAAAAAAAACUGACGAAGAUUUGUAAUGCUGCAUUAACGGCGCAUAUUCUCUCAGAGACGACAAGAGACGAAUCUACUUCAACAUGUUCUGAUAACGGUGUAUAACUGUCGAAAAUUAGCACCCCCCAAUACUCCUCCCGGUCCGUAGAGUAAAAAGGGUUGGAGACCACUGCUCUAGCACAGUGGUUCCCAACCAGGUUCCUGGAGGCCAAAUAAAUCUUUUAAAAUUGACUGUGUUCUCUAUAUAUAUAUAUAUAUUUUUAUCUGAGGUUUUCAAAGAACAACAAUUAGAGGUACUACCUAAUCAGAAACAUUUCACAAGUAAUGUAGUUACUGAGUUGCGAACAACACAAACUAUACACAAACUAUAUAAACACAAAAGUUUUAGCUAUUUUAAAUGUUCUGGAGACCCCUCCUAACUACGUUGUCUUGCUAUGGCACAAGUCCUGCUGCUGUCUGGAAAAAAAGUCAUCAGAUUGUGCUAUGUGUUCAGUGCAACCCACAACAUGCACAAGCAAAAAAAUAAAAAUAAAAAUUUUGUUCCGGUUCAAACUUUUGUUCUCUAUUCUUUCUGCAAUGAUACUUAAACAAACAAACAAAAAAAAAACAACAACAGCUCUGAUAUGGCAGGGUGAAUCAAAUUCAAAUUGAAUCAAACACUUGUUCCAAAUCAAACCUGUUCCAAAACACUUUUUCUUUAAACACAGAAAAAAUAAUGCUUAGUAGAGACGAAAAAAUAUAUCUCCACAAAAGUUUACGGAAGCCAAAGCAAUCCCCUUAAAAAAAAAAAACACUGUCGCGUGGAUCCAUUCACUCGUGCAAACUCAAGUUUCAGUUCACAAGUCCAUUCGCAAGUGUUCGUCAAAACACCUGCGUCCAAAAAUAAACUAUGAA